CACCCAGAUGUGCAGAAAUUCAAGCCUACGGCCUUGCGCAUGGCCAAACUCCUGCGCCAUCGUGGACCGGAUUGGAGCGGAAACUUCGUGGCCAACCAGACAAACUCCGGUGCUCAGCCCAUUGUCAACGAUGACGAAACCCUCGCCCUGGCGGUCAAUGGUGAAAUCUACAACCAUCGCAUUAUCAGAAAGUCGCUGAGCGAGCCGUACAACUUCAAGACACAUUCCGAUUGUGAAGUCAUCAUUCCGCUGUACAUGAAAUAUGGCAUCGACGCCCCGAAGCACCUCGAUGGCAUGUUCUCCUUCGUUCUCUACGACAAGAACGAGGACCGUGUUGUGGCUGCUCGUGACCCGAUUGGUGUCACCAGCUUCUAUCAGGGAUGGUCCUCCCAGACUCCUGGAGCCGUUUAUUUUGCCUCCGAGUUGAAGAGCUUGCACCCCGUCUGUGACAAGAUCAUUGCUUUCCCCCCUGGGCAUGUCUACGACUCCAAGACGGAUACGAUGACGAGAUACUUCGAGCCCAAGUGGUGGGACCCGACCAAUGUUCCAUCGGCGCCUGUCGACUACAAGUUGAUCCGGGAGACUCUCGAGAGGUCGGUCCGCAAGCGAUUGAUGGCUGAGGUUCCCUACGGCGUGCUGCUGUCUGGAGGUCUGGACUCCAGCUUGGUGGCGGCGAUUGCUCAGCGCGAGACUCUUCGGAUGAGGGAAUCGCAAAAGGCCGCCAAUGGACAUGUCAAUGGAACUGGCGGCCUGGUUGGUAUUGAUGACUCUAACGAGCUGUCGACCGUGACGGCCCUGCCCGAACUCCACUCGUUUUCCAUUGGCCUGCCCGGUGCUCCUGACACCGAGGCAGCUCUCGAGGUUGCUAAGUUCCUGGGCACUAAGCACCACGCUUUCACCUUCACCAUUGAAGAUGGUAUCAAUGCGCUGUCCGAUGUCAUCUACCACCUCGAGACCUACGAUGUUACUACCAUCCGCGCUUCUACUCCCAUGUACCUGCUCAGCCGGAAGAUCAAGGGUAUGGCACCCUCCAAGGAGGCCUUCCAUGAGGAGACCGUGAGGAGAGUGAAGAACCUGCACCUGGCAGACUGCCUGCGGGCGAACAAGUCGACCUCUGCGUGGGGUGUCGAAGCCCGCGUGCCAUUCCUGGACAAGCAGUUCCUCGAGGUGGCCAUGGGCGUGGACCCCAAGGAGAAGAUGAUCUCCAAGGACCGCAUCGAGAAGUACAUCCUGCGGAAAGCCUUCGACACCUCGGACGAACCCGACGUCAAGCCCUACCUGCCUGAGAAGAUCCUCUGGCGUCAGAAGGAGCAGUUCAGUGACGGGGUCGGCUACAGCUGGAUCGACGCUCUGAAGGACCAUGCUGAACUCCACGUCACGGAUGAGAUGAUGAAGAACCCCAAGCCUGAGUGGGGUGACGACAUUCCCGAAACGAAGGAGGCAUACUGGUACCGCAUGAUGUUCGACGAGCACUUCCCCUCGUACUGCGCAUCCACGGUCUCCCGUUGGGUUCCUACCUGGUCUAAAGAGAAGGAUCCCAGUGGACGGGCUAUCCCGACGCAUAUCGCCAAGUACGAUCACGUCCAAUAG